AUGGGGUUGCAUUAGAAGAAUCAAAUUUAGAUAUAAAUUUAAAGGAAUAGGUUUUGGAAAUUGUUGGACAGAUGCUUUCUUUUAAUACAAAAGCUAUGCACCAUUUCUGUAUAGUUUGGGAAUUUAUAACGAGCAAAAGAAAAGUUAUACAUAAGUAUUAAUGGAAAAGGCAUAAAAUUAUAUUCUAAAUGGAGAAUAUCUUAAGUCAACAGAAGAAGGAUUUUUUGGCAUAUUUGUUAUUUUAAACAAAUAUACAGGUCAAGUGAGCUCUCAUGA